AUGGCUGAAGAAGACAACAAGUACCUCUUCCUGGAGAAUGACUUCCGUAACAGCGGGCUGGCGCAGGCGGACUGGGCGGCCAAGAAGAUGGUGUGGAUACCGUCAGAGAGGGAGGGCUUCGAGGCGGCCAGCCUGAAGGAGGAGAAGGGGGAUGAGGUGCUGGUGGAGCUCUCCAACGGUCAAAAGGUGACGGUGAACAAGGAUGACAUCCAGAAGAUGAACCCGCCAAAGUUCAGUAAGGUGGAGGACAUGGCGGCUCUCACCUUCCUUAACGAAGCUUCAGUGCUUCACAACCUGAAGGAGAGAUACUUCUCCAGUCUGAUCUACACAUAUUCCGGUCUGUUCUGCGUGGUGGUGAAUCCCUACAAGAUGCUGCCGAUCUACUCUGAAAAGAUCAUCGAGAUGUAUAAAGGGAAGAAACGCCACGAGGUGCCGCCGCACAUCUACUCCAUCACAGACAACGCCUACAGGAACAUGAUGCAAGACCGUGAGGAUCAGUCCAUCCUCUGCACUGGUGAGUCUGGAGCAGGAAAGACAGAAAACACCAAGAAGGUGAUUCAGUACCUGGCUGUCGUCGCCUCCUCACACAAGGGAAAGAAAGAAGCCAAUCCUGCGCCUCAGUCCCAGCAGCAAGGAUCUCUGGCCUACGGAGAGCUAGAGAAGCAGCUGCUGCAGGCUAAUCCCAUCCUGGAGGCGUUUGGAAAUGCCAAAACCAUCAAGAACGACAACUCCUCUAGAUUUGGAAAGUUCAUCAAGCUCAACUUUGAUGUGACCGGCUUCAUCGUUGGAGCAAAUAUCGACACCUACCUGCUGGAGAAGUCUCGGUGUAUUCGUCAGGCCAACACUGAGAGAGCUUUCCACAUCUUUUAUUACAUGGUGGCCGGAGCCGAGGGCAAGAUGAGGGAGGAGCUUCUGCUGGAGGACUUCAGCUGCUAUCGUUUCCUCAUCGCCGGUCACGUGGAGAUUCCCGGUCAGGAUGAUGGUGAGAUGUUUGGUGAGACUCUGGAGGCCAUGGAGAUCAUGGGCUUCACCGAGGAGGAGCGAAUAGGGAUGUUGAAGGUGGUGUCCACGGUGCUUCAGCUCGGAAACAUCAAGUUUGAAAAGGAGAGGAACAGUGAGCAGGCGACCAUGCCUGACAACACCGCUGCUCAGAAGGUGUGCCACCUGCAGGGCAUCAAUGUCACAGACUUCACCCGGGCCAUCCUCACGCCGCGGAUCAAAGUGGGCAGAGAGGUGGUGCAGAAGGCGCAGACCAAGCAGCAGGCUGAUUUUGCCAUCGAAGCUCUGGCUAAGGCCAUGUACGAACGCCUGUUCCGUUGGAUCCUCGCCAGAGUGAACAAGACGCUGGACAAGAGUAAGAGGCAGUCGUCCUCCUUCCUCGGAAUCCUGGACAUCGCCGGCUUUGAGAUCUUUGAGGAUAACUCCUUCGAGCAGCUCUGCAUCAACUACACCAACGAGCGUCUGCAGCAGCUCUUCAACCACACCAUGUUCAUCCUGGAGCAGGAGGAGUACAAGAGGGAGGGCAUCGAGUGGAACUUCAUCGACUUCGGCCUGGACCUGCAGCCGUGCAUCGAGCUCAUCGAGAGGCCGAAUAACCCUCCUGGUAUCCUCGCUCUCCUGGAUGAGGAGUGCUGGUUCCCUAAAGCCACCGAUGUUUCCUUCGUGGACAAGCUCCUAAACACUCAUACCGGCCACGUGAAGUUCUCCAAACCCAAACAACACAAAGACAAGCUCAUGUUCAGUGUGCUGCACUACGCCGGGAAGGUGGAUUAUAACGCUGCUAACUGGCUGACUAAAAACAUGGAUCCUCUGAACGAUAACGUGACUGCUCUGCUCAACAACUCCGCCAGCGCUUUCAUCCAGGACCUCUGGAAAGAACUGGACCGGGUGGUGGGUUUAGAGACCAUGACAAAGAUGUCGGAGAGUUCGCCGGCGUCCACCAAAUCAAAGAAGGGCAUGUUUCGUACCGUGGGCCAGCUCUAUAAAGAGUCUCUGGGCAAACUGAUGACCACGCUGCACAACACGCAGCCCAACUUUGUCCGCUGCAUCAUCCCCAACCACGAGAAGAGGUCAGGAAAAAUGGACGCCAACCUGGUUCUGGAGCAGCUCCGCUGUAACGGAGUGCUGGAAGGAAUCAGGAUCUGCAGGCAGGGAUUUCCCAACAGGAUCGUCUUCCAGGAGUUCAGGCAGAGAUAUGAGAUUCUGGCUGCUAACGCCAUCCCGAAGGGCUUCAUGGACGGGAAGCAAGCGUGCUGUUUGAUGGUCAAACACCUGGAUCUGGAUCCUAACCUGUACCGUAUCGGUCAGAGUAAGAUGUUCUUCAGGACGGGGGUGUUGGCUCAGCUGGAGGAGGAGAGAGACCUCAAACUCACCGUCGUCAUCAUCGCUUUUCAGGCUCAAGCUCGAGGCUUCCUGGCCCGAAAGGCUUUCAGUAAACGCCAGCAGCAGCUGAGCGCCAUGAAGGUCAUCCAGAGGAACGCUGCCUGUUACCUCAAACUCAAGAACUGGCAGUGGUGGAGGCUCUUCACUAAGGUGAAGCCUCUGCUGCAGGUAACCAGGCAGGAAGAAGAAAUGGGCCAGAAGGAGGAGGAGCUAAAGGCGGCGAAGGAGGUCGCAGCGAAGAAAGAAGCUGAGCUGAAGGACAUCACCCAGAAACACACGCAGCUGAUGGAGGAGCGAGGCCAGCUGGAGGCCAAGCUUCAGGCAGAGACGGAGCUGUACGCCGAGGCCGAGGAGAUGAGGGUGAGACUGGAGGCUAAGAAGGUGGAGCUGGAGGAGGUGCUUCAUGAGAUGGAGGCUCGGCUGGAGGAGGAGGAGGAGCGGAGCAACGUCCUGCAGCAGGAGAGGAAGGACAUGGAGCAGCAGCUACAGCUCAUGGAGUCUCACAUCGCUGAGGAAGAGGAUGCGAAGCAGAAGCUGCAGCUGGAGAAAGUGGCGGUGGAAGGAAAGGUGAAGAAGCUGGAGGAGGACGUUCUGGUGAUGGAGGACCAGAAUAACAAACUGCAGAAGGAGCGACAGCUGCUGGAGGAGAGGAUGGCCGAUCUGAGCUCUAACCUGGCAGAGGAGGAGGAGAAAUCAAAGAAUCUGACCAAACUGAAGGCAAAACACGAGUCCAUGAUCUCUGAUCUUGAAGUGCGUAUGAAGAAGGAGGAGAAAGGCCGUCAGGAUAUGGAGAAGGCCAAGAGGAAGGUGGAGGCGGAGCUUUCUGACCUCCAGGAGCAGCACACUAUCCUGCAGACUCAACUAGCCGAAUUCCAAUCCAAGCUGACUACCAAGGAGGAGGAGCUACAGGCCACACAGGGCUGCUUGGAAGAGGAGAGUAAUCAGCGUUGUGCAGCAGUGAAGCGGGUCAGGGAGUUGGAGGUGUUACUCUCAGAGCUGCAGGAGGAUUUGGAGGCAGAGAGGGCGGCCAGGGGGAAGGUGGAGGCGGCUCGUCGGGACCUGGGAGAGGAGCUGAACGCUCUACGCACCGAGCUGGAGGACAGCCUCGACACCACUGCUGCGCAGCAGGAGCUACGGGCAAAGCGUGAGCAGGAGGUAGCCAUGCUGAAGAAAGCCAUGGAGGAGGAGGGGCGGAGCCACGAAGCCCAAGUCCAGGACCUGAGACAGAAACACAGCCAAGCUGUGGAGGAGCUCAACGAGCAGCUGGAGCAGGCCAAGAGGGUGAGAGCUGGUCUGGAGAAAGCAAAGCAGGCUCUGGAGAAAGAGUCUUCAGAUCUCAGCGCAGACCUGAGAUCCCUCGCCAGCGCCAAACAGGACGUAGAGCACAAGAAGAAGAAGCUGGAGGGUCAGCUCAACGACCUGCACUCUCGUUUCCAAGAGAGCGAGCGACAGAAGACGGAGCUGGGGGAGAAAGUCUCCAAGAUGACCAUGGAGCUGGAUAGCAUGACCAAUGUUCUGAAUGAGGCAGAGGGAAAGAACAUCAAGCUGAGUAAAGACGUCUCUACUCUGAGCUCACAGCUCCAGGAUGCACAGGAGCUGCUAGUGGAGGAAACUCGCCAGAAGCUGAAUCUGUCGGGACGUCUUCGUCAGAUGGAGGAUGACAGGAACAGCCUGAUAGAGCAGUUGGAGGAGGAGACGGAGUCCAAACGUGGGGUGGAGAGGCAGGUCUCCAGCCUCAACAUGCAGGUAUCUGACUUGAAGAAGAAGCUGGAUGAGAUGUCCGGUUCAGUGGAGAUGUUGGAGGAGGGGAAGAAGCGUCUGCAGAGAGACUUGGAGGCAGCAAACAGCGAGUAUGAAGAGAAGGCCUCGGCCUACGACAAGCUGGAGAAGAGCCGGGGCCGCAUGCAGCAGGAGCUGGAGGACGUCCUCAUGGACCUGGACAGCCAGCGGCAGCUCGUCUCCAACCUGGAGAAGAAGCAGAAGAAGUUUGACCAGAUGUUGGCAGAGGAGCGUGCAGUGUCCAGUAAGUGUGCAGAGGAGCGUGAUCGAGCAGAGGCAGAGGUGAGGGAGAAGGAGACGCGGGUGUUAGCUCUAGCCAGAGCUCUAGAAGAAAGCCAAUAUGCUCUGGAGGACACUGAGAAGAACAUGAAGGCCCUCAAAGCUGAGAUGGAGGAUCUCAUCAGCUCCAAGGACGACGUUGGAAAGAGCGUCCACGACCUGGAGAAGGCCAAGCGUGGCCUGGAGGCCAUCGUGGAGGAGAUGAGGACUCAGAUGGACGAGCUGGAGGACGAGCUGCAGGUCGCUGAGGAUGCCAAGCUGCGUCUGGAGGUCAACACUCAGGCGCUGAGAGCUCAGCACGAGAGGGAGCUGCACGCCCGCGACGAGAUGGGCGAGGAGAAGAGGAAGCAGCUCCUCAAACAGGUUCGAGAGCUGGAGUCAGAGCUGGAGGAGGAGAGGAAGCAGCGAGGUCAGGCGUCAGGCAGCAAGAAGAAGUUAGAGGGGGAGCUGAAGGACAUGGAGGACCAGCUGGAGGCCACCAUCAGGGGGCGGGACGAGGCCAUCAAGCAGCUCCGCAAGAUCCAGGGCCAGGUGAAGGAUGUCCAGAGGGAUCUGGAGGACUCGCGUGCGGCUCACAAGGACGUCCAGAAUGCAGCCAGGGAGGCGGAGCGUAAAUCCAAGGCCAUGGAGGCAGACAUCGUCCAGCUGCAUGAGAUGCUGUCAGCAGCUGAGCGAGCUCGUAAGCAGGCCGAGACGGAGAGAGACGAGCUGUCUGAAGAACUGGCCAGUAACAGCUCUGGGAAGUCGAUGUUUUCUGAUGAAAAACGCCGUCUGGAAGCGAAGAUCAGCCAGCUGGAGGAGGAGCUGGAUGAGGAGCAGAACAAUGUGGAGAGCCUGAAUGACCGUCUGAGGAAGAGCCAGCAGCUGGUGGAGCAGCUGGGUGCAGAGCUGACUGCAGAGAGGUCCACCUCUCAGAGCAAGGAGACGUCCCGACAGCAGCUGGAGAGACAGAACCGAGAGCUGAAGGCCAAACUGCAGGAGAUGGAGGGCCAGGGCCGCUCCAAACUCAAAUCCUCCAUCGCCGCACUGGAGGCCAAGCUGAGGGAGGUGGAGGAGCAGCUGGAGAUCGAGAGCAGAGAGCGCCAGGCUAACGCCAAGAACCUCCGCCAGAAAGAGAAGAAGCUGAAGGAUUUAAGCAUCCAGGUGGAGGACGAGAGGAAGCAGGCGCAGCAGUACAAAGACCAGGCGGAGAAGGGCAAUGUGAGGCUGAAGCAGCUCAAGCAUCAGCUGGAGGAGGCGGAGGAGGAGUCUCAGCGCAUGGCGGCCGCUCGCAGGAAAAUACAGAGGGAGCUGGAGGAGGCGAGCGAGGCCAACGACGCCAUGAGCAGAGAGAUUACUUCGCUGAAGAGCAAACUGAGGCGUGGCGGCGGCGGCAGUGGAGGGGAUUCUUCCUUCAGCAGCCCCAGUCCUCGGAGCAGCGGCAUGGGCGGAGCCAGCAUGAGGAGUCUAGGGCUGGGGGGGAGCGUGAGCAGGAGGAGCGCCAUCAAGGAGAACUCGGUGGAACUGCAGGAGGAGGAGCCGCGCUCGCCGUCUCCCCGAGGCUGCAGCCCGCCGCUGGAGAACCGUGUGGACGAGUACCCCCCUGACGAGUAGGAUAGAGAUUAGACCACGCCCAUUUAAAGUGGGCGGAGCCUUUUCUUUAAAUAAUUUAACACUUUUAAUUUAAGUUUAAAACUUUCUUUUUUAGAUGAAAACUGAGGGAUAUUUAACACAAGAAAACAUGACUUUGGUUUAAUUUGUCAGAAUUUUGUGCCUUAAAGUAAAUAUUUGAGAGGGUUGAGGGUUAAAACAGAUAUUAAGAGAGAAAACAAAAAAUAUUAACAAAAAUAAACUAAAUUUAAUGUUUUUAAGUAACAAAAAGUAGCAAAAAUCACAGGUGAUUCGGAUUAUUUUCAUUAAUAUAGCUGAUUAUUUAAGCAUUUCUUAACAUUGUUUACAUUUAAAGAGUCAGAUUUUUAAGAAAUUAUCGACAUAUCCGCUUGUUUUAGCUGCUCAAAAAUCUACUUUCUUCCAGAUAAGUCGCCAAAAAUCUGUAAUUUUUUUUGUAAAUGUAGAGGAAAAUUAUUUCACUUGUACAAAGGUGUUAUUAGGGCCACCUAAAAAAAUUAAAAAAUAAAAUUGAUCUUUUAAUUUCUGAGAAAAAAAAAAAAUUUUUGAGGUAAAGUUACAUUUUUACAAAAAAACCUAAAUUGUUGUACUUUUAAAUUUCUAAAUCCACACGAAAGAAAGAUUUUUUUAAAUUUAAUAAAUUGUAAAUUAUGACAGCAGCUUCAUCUGUUAUUAAUUUUUGACACAAAAGGUAAAUUUUCGCAGUAAAAUCUUAGUAAAUCUCAUUAAAAACAACUUUUAAAACUGAACAAAAACAUUUUUAGCUCCAUUAUUUGUAGUUUCUUCUCAUUAACCAUGACUUUGGUUUCCUGUUAAUACACAGUUUGAUCAACCCAAAUUUUGAGGUUUUCUUGUAAAUUAACAAUUUUGUAAACACUAAGAUUUAAGUUUUCUCACAAAUCUUUAAUGUAAUCAAGUAAAGGAUUUUAAGAAUUUUCUCCUAAAUUUACAACUCUGUACACUAAAAUUUGACAGUUUUUCUCGUAAAUCUUUGAUCUUAAUUAACUCAGAAAUGGUAAAAUAGUUCUCGUAAAUUUACAACUUUGUACACUCUAAAAAUUUACAUUUUUUUUCUCAUAAAUUAUAACAUUGUAAACUCCUAAAUUCAAAAGUUUUUCUGAGAAAUCUUUGACUUAAUUAACUGAUGAAUUUUAAGAAUUUCUCCUAAAUUUGCAAUUCUGUACACUAAAAUUUUACAC